UAAAUAACGUGCGUGUCCUUUAACGACGGGCGUGGCUUCCUGAUGCAUACUUUGCUCGUUCCUUGAAGCUCAAUGCGGAAGACAAACACUGGAGCUCUGAAUUCCUGACAAACUCCCCCAGAGCGAGGACAAGUCCCAAAGGAUUUUGUGAGUUAAGAUACGUGACCAUGUGGCCGAAUCAAGGUCCUCCCCCUCCAGUGGGACCACCAAAUCCAGCCUUCCCUCCUGCCUACAACCCUGCGUGUCCUCCUGUCCCUCCUCCUGGAGCAUUCCCCCAUCCUCCACCUCCAGCAUACCCACAUGGCCAUUUCCCACCUGGUGUGAAUCCAGCCAUGCCACCUCCAGGGGCGAUGCCCUAUGGAGCACCAGGGCCUCAUCCUUAUCCUAUGGCUCCUGGUGGAUUUCCACCUGGUGGAUAUCCACCUGGUGGAUUUCCACCAGGUGUCCACCCUGCAGGUGUUCACCCAGGUCCAUACCCGCACUCCCCAAAAGGUCAUAAAGGCCACCGCAAAGGUCAUCAUCAUGGAGGGCUAAAUCCCAUGACUGCAGCAUUAGGCGGUGGACUGGCAGGAGUGGGAGUGGGGAUGGUUGGACAUAAAGCCAACAAAAAGAUGAAGAAGAAGAUGAAGAAGGCACACAAGCAUAAGCACCACAAACAUGGCGGCAAGUCCUCCAGCAGCAGCAGCAGCAGCAGCAGUGACAGCGACUGAGGCCACCAGUCCACAACACAGCUGUCACAGAAAGUUUGCUCUAACAAAGAGCAACCUGGCUAUUGACUACAAACACAUAAAAUGAAUUGCUAAUAUUUUACAGGAUUUCAUCAUAUCCUCAUUGGGCUAUUUAUAACACUAAAAGUGCGUAUAGGCUAUUGCUGAGAACAUAUUCACACCAUUACUGAAUAUUAUUGGUGAACUGUUUCCACCAUGCGGGUGUUUAUUUGGAUAUGGGUGUUAGGGACAUGUUCCUAUCAAUAUCAGGGUGUUGCUGUAUUGUCCCUGCCAAUUUUUCUACGUAUCUCAAACAAUCUAGAUGCUUUAACUCCAUGUAAUAUUGGGGGUAACAUCUCUGCAGAGUUGCCAAGUUUUUGUGUUUGUGUUGUCUGCAAGAAAUAUGGGGGAUACUCAACCUUAUGGUCUAGCAACCUUCAACUACAAGCUGUGCACAUUGUUGACUAGCAGCAGCAGCAGCAGCAGCAGUAGUGGAGUCGAUGAGGCGGAGAAUAUUAGCGGUUAAUUUUUGUAGUUCAAAUAUCACAAGGUCACAGAAUUAAAAUGACUUCACUGGACAAAACUAAGAUCAUUUGAUAUUAUAUUUAAAUUCAGGCUUUAGGUUUUGUUAGCUAAUUGUGGUUGUUGCUCAGACACACUGUUUAAUUGAACAACUUUAUUACUGUUAGUAAAAAUUCCUCCCAAAAUCAAAUGAAAACAUUUGGUCCUUUUUUAAAGAAGAACCAAAGUGUCAGUAACAGUUGAACUUAGUAAGAAUGUUUCAUAAUUGGUCCAAAUAAUCAUCUUUGAAUUUGUUGGAAGAAAUAUUUACUACUUAAUUCCUUCUCUCCCCAUUUGUGUGGAGUGUGUAGUAAUUAUUGCACAUGUGUCAUUAAGACAUGAAUAUUACUUAUAAGAUGAAAUAGCCACAGCUCAUCCAAAUGAUCUGUUUGUGAUUGUCAGCCAUCAUUUUAUGAUGAUAAUCAUCAUUUCAGUAGGGACUGCGCACUUUCGUCUUAAUGCUUAACUCUGCAUGUUUGAGAAAAUGUAACACUGUGAUUCAGUAAAAGAAAAUGUGUGUGUCAUUUUUCAGUUUGUCCUGAUUUUUUAAAAAUUUAAUUAAUUUAAAAGAUUAACUAUAUAUUAAAACACUGCAUAUUUUUAUUUGAGCCCAUUGAUUUUUUUUUUUUUUUUUUUUUUUUUUUAAAUGUGUUCACCACUGUAUGAGAUGACUAG